UUUGUGUCAAAUUGACAAAAUGAAGUGUAUCAAAUAAAGACUGAAAAAAAUAUAAAAACAAACAAAAAAACAAUAAGAUGUCGCGUAAAGAAAUGUCAGAGAGCGGGGAAACUCUAGCAGUGAUUAGAGAAGAGCAGCUGUCACCAACUUCUUCAUCAGUAAAGUUAGACGCUAAUGUACAGAAGUACAACGUACAAUCAACACCACGAUGUAAAUGUCUCACACAGAAGAAUAAACAAAUAUCUAAAGAUGAAGUCGAUGAAUUACUGAAAGAGCAAGAAGAGAGUCUAAGAGAAGAAUAUGAAAGAAGAUUAGAUCGAGAGAUUCAAAGUUUAAAGGAAAGAUUUGAUUUUAUCUUGGAAAAUGAACAGAUACGUACAUCUUAUAUGCUAUGCGAAGCUCACAGGGAGAGGAAAGAAAAGAUCAGCGCGCUACAAACCCAGCUCGAGUGUAAGAACCUUGCGGGGUUGAUGUACGUCCUUUGUUCAGAGAGGAGAAAGAGCAAGCUGGAGAAGAUGCAGAUGGCACAAGAAUAUACAAAAUACAUUGACGUGUUACAAGAGACGUUAAUUGACGCGCAAGCGUUGAUACUUCGCCUUGUAAACGGAUACAAAACCGGAUCCAAGCUCGAUGAAAGUUGGCGAAAUAAAAUGAAUGAAGUCAUAAAAGAGUAUCAAAGUUUCGUGAACAAUUUCGUGAACGACACGCCUGAAAUGAACCAGUACUUCUUCGAUUUAGCCAAGCUGAUCGAGACUGAGUUGCCUGUCUUCAAACCAGCUGCCGCGGAGUCUAAGAUCUCUAUUACGGAGCCGAAAUUAAGUGAAAUAGGACAAACAGAGGACAGACCAUGGUUCGAUAUGUUAGAAGGUAGCAACGCACCAUUCGUAAUGUACGGGGACAUGGCUGAUUUCAAACCGAAUCUACGCAGAAAUGUAUUGAAGACAUUAAAAUCUACCAAAGAACCGCCAGACGAAUGGGAACAUUACGUUAUCAACGACACAUUCGUAAAAUCGCAAUGCCCCAACGCGGGCCUAAUUAAAGACGAAUACCUCAAACUGUUGCCAAAGCCCGGGAAAUGGGAGUGCUCCACCAUACAGACUGACAGAGAGAGUAGCACAAGCCACCGUGUGACACAAGCCAGUGUCGAUAUACGUGGGAACAUGGGCUCUAUACUAAAAAUAAUAGCGUCAUCAGCGUACGGUCAGCCAGCAACAAGGGCGACUAUUCUUGGAGCUAGGGACUCCAUGGAGAUUGCUUCCACAACUAAACUGCGCGAAAAAGUUAGAAAUUCGGUACAGAAUAAAGUCGUCAUAAACAUUGGAAAUAAACGGACAACGAAGUUUGACGAUUACCCAGACAUAAGUCAAGAUUAUUCUGAAGAAGUCGAGACGAUACCUAGACAAGAAGUGUCCCAAGUUGAAGAAGAUGAAAUAAUAGAAGAAUCGUUUUCAGCAUUGGGGAGUAUUCACAACGACAGUAUGCAAGUUAUUCCAAGUCACGUGCCAGAUCAGGACGCCAAGAUUAACUAUGAGAAGGUGUGUCCAAUGGAGGAGUGUCAGAGGAUGCAAGUUGACUCGUUCAUACGUUCUCUUCCGCCGUACAUGCAAGCCAACCCAUACAUGCGCUUUGAGAAAACAUAUGAGGAAUAUGAACCAUGUAGUCCUGAACAACUGGACAUACUGAGACAGCGUAUAGAGAACAAGAAGAGGAAAUCCAAGCUGGAUGUGACUGCUGGCGAGGAGUCACCUCUGCAGGAAUGGGACCAGAGAAGCAACACUGUGGCCGCGCAGACAUCCGCGUUCACACUACCGCCCUGCACAUGUCCCGUUAACUCUACCGUUGAGGAAAACGUACAUGGGAUUGUGUACAACAUUGAAGAUUUGCUGCCCGUGAAGCGAGCUAUAAACGAAAUCAACAAGAAAUUCUUCUUUGACAGUACUAUUGAGUUCAAUAGAUUCAAAGUGGUGGGACAGAAUGGUGACAGCACAACACAUAUGAUGGAAAGAAAAAAAGACAACAGAUUCUAUGAAAUACAAAAUAUGCUGAGACAACGACCGAGUUUGUGCGACAUGUUGCCCAACAAUGCACGAUGAAAGCAAACAUAUGACCUGUUUAUUCAUCUACACAGUUAUGCUGCCCUAAUCCAAUUCACUCUGACAAUCGUAACAAGAUUUAUCUUGGAUAGUCUUAACUUCAAUUUCUUGUAUCGAUAGAUAUGUAAUAUAUUGAUAAUUAAUCUGAGGCAAAAAAAAGUAAUAGAAAAAGGCCUUCAGAGUUCUUUUGUUCAAAAUGUUCGAAAAUCAAAUUUCGAUUAAACGUCAAAAUAAUAUGACGUCAUCGAUAGAUUAUAUUAUCUAUGCUUGUACUUUUGACAAAAUCGUCGAUUUUGACGAAUUUGUCGAAUCUUUAUAUUAAUUUUGAAAUUCGAAUGCAUUCAUAUUAAGGGCCUUCGCACACUAGAGACUCAGUCGGCGAAUAGUGCGCUUAAUAUAAGCAUGUAAAUUGUGUAACGUGCGCAUCUCCCAUAUAUGCUCAUACUGAUUAAGCGUAGGAUCAAAUAAUCGGACGCCUAAAUCGCUAGUAUGUGGGCCCUAAAAUCAAACAGAAGCUUCGAUUACGUAAUAUUUGAAAGAAACCAAUAAUUGUCGUUGCAAUUUUAUAUAUAU